AUGAGGGCCGAGCUUAGCGGCGCCGAAGGAAGCAGCAGUCCCGAGCCCCACGGUGGCGGCGGGGGUGGUGGGGGCCAGGCAGGGACAGGCAUGGACGAGCGCUACGCCCUCGACGCGGCACUUGGUCUGGGCGCCGUGUCUUCGAUCGAGACGCUCCUGCGCAACAUACAGGGCUUGCUCAAGGUGGCCGCGGACAACGCCAGGCACCAGGACAGGCAGAUCAGCAUCGAAAAGGCUGAGCUCAAGAUGGAAGUGCUGCGAGAGCGAGGACUUCGAGAGAGCCUCGAGAAGCAGCUAUCCGAAGAACAGAGGACGAGAGUGUUGUACCAGAAGCGUCUGAAGAAGGAACGCCGGUGUCGAAGACGCAUCCAGGAUCAGCUUGAGCUGGAACAGAAGAAGCGCUCUCAGUACGAAGAGGUUCUACGGAACAGCGCCACCGCCGACCACCGGUCACCGCCCGUGCAAUCACUGCCGCAGCCACAGCCGACGCAUGCGCAGGCAACGCAACAACCAGCGCCACCUGUGUUGUACCAGAAGCGUCUGAAGAAGGAACGCCGGUGUCGAAGACGCAUCCAGGAUCAGCUUGAGCUGGAACAGAAGAAGCGCUCUCAGUACGAAGAGGUUCUACGGAACAGCGCCACCGCCGACCACCGGUCACCGCCCGCGCAAUCACUGCCGCAGCCACAGCCGACGCAUGCGCAGGCAACGCAACAACUAACGCCACCUGAACGAGUGCCAUCGCCAGACAUGGAUCCAGAGCGUCACAGCAGACAAGAAUCCGAAAAGAAAGCCGAGUCCACGACAUCCGUCGGCUAGACCAAGGAGG